AUGCCCCGUUCUUCUCGCACAGGUGACUUGGUAUACGAUCCUGAAGUUGAGAAGGCAGCGCGUAGGCGAAGGCAAGAGACCAAGAGACGAAAAGAAUGGCACUUAUUUUCUGCAAACGAGUCAGUAGAAAACGAAUUUAGCAUGGCCAACACCCAGACAUUAAGGGAGCUGGCUACCCCAGACCUGACUCAUCAGCCCUUGUGCAUCACGUUCCCAACUCUGGCUGAAAAUACCUCUUUCGAGCUGAAAUCGGGGUUGAUUCAGCUCCUGCCUUCGUUCCAUGGUCUCUCUGGCGAGGAACCCCACAAACAUGUCAAGAAAUUCGAAAUAGUUUGCUCUAGCAUGAAACCUCCUGGGAAGAAAUUCCUGGAGAAAUUUUUCCCCGCAUCCCGGGCUGCAAGUUUGAGGAAGGAGAUUUGCAGCAUCAAGCAGUACUCCGGGGAGUCAUUGUACGAUUUUUGGAAAAGGUUCAACAAGUUGUGCGCUAGAUGCCCACAGCAUCAGAUUAGUGAACAACUGUUGAUCCAGUACUUCUAUGAGGGACUCCAGUCAACUGACAGGAGUAUUAUUGACGCUGCGAGUGGAGGAGCCCUGGCGAACAAGACACCGAGGGAAGCGUGGGACCUUAUUGAAGCCAUGGCAGAAAACUCUCAGCAGUUCGGCUUCCGUGAGAGCAAUCCUACCCGUAGGGUCAAUGAGUCAGAGACGUCAUCCAUCCAGCAGCAACUGUCAGAGUUGACAUCUGCUGUCAGGCAAUUGGCCAUGAGAGACACACCGCGAGCAAAGGUGUGUGGAAUCUGUACUAGCAUGGACCACUGCACGGAAUCGUGCCCCAUUCUGCAAGAGGACGGGGCGGAACAGGUAAAUAUGGCCGGAGGCGUGCCCGCGCCCCGCAGGCAGUAUGACCCGUAUUCCAACACAUACAACCCUGGUUGGAGAGACCAUCCCAAUCUCAGUUAUGGGAACAGGCAACAAGGUUCAUUCCCGAAUCGUCCACCAGGAUUCCACCAGCCUUGGCAACCAAAAUCUCAACCCUCAUCCUCCAAUACAGGAAUCUCCUUGGAGGACCUUGUCAAGAAUCUGGCCACGACUACUACCAACCUGGCCACGACUACUACACAGGUUCAACAAGAGAUCAGAUCCUUGGCCGCGAAUACCGCGCAGCUCCAGCAGGACACCAAAGCUGACAAGAAGGACCAAGAUGUUCGAAUAAGUCAACUGGUAACUGCCAUCAACCGCUUGGAGUCUCACGUUUAUGGGAAACUGCCAUCGCAACCCGAGGUAAAUCUCAGGAAUGUAAGUGCCAUGACGCUGAGGAGUGGCAAGGAACUGGAAGGGUUGGCGAAGACAAGAAAAGUAGAAAAGGAAAAGGAACUUUUGGAUGUAUUCAGGAAAGUAGAGAUUAACAUCCCCCUACUGGAUGCAAUCAAGCAGAUACCAAAAUAUGUCAAAUUUUUGAAGGACUUGUGCACCCACAAGAGGAAGCUAAGGGGAGAUGAACGAGUGGCGGUAGGAGAAAACGUGUCAGCCAUGCUCCAAAGGAAACUCCCACCAAAAUGUGAAGACCCAAGUAUGUUCACCAUUCCCUGCAAGAUAGGAGGUGCCUCAAUUAGGAAGGCAAUGUUGGAUUUAGGGGCGUCAAUCAAUGUAAUGCCUAAAACAAUUUAUACGUCCCUUAAUCUUGAUCCAUUAAAAGGCACAGGCAUUAUAAUCCAACUUGCAGACCGCACCAAUGGUUACCCAGAAGGGUUAGUUGAAAAUGUUUUGGUGCAGGUCAACGAGUUAGUUUUUCCUGCAGAUUUCUAUGUCCUAGACAUGGGGGAUGAGAGGGCACUAAAUCCGUCUCCUAUUUUGUUAGGUAGGCCAUUUUUAAGCACUGCUAGGACAAAAAUAGAUGUAAAUGAGGGUACUUUGUCGAUGGAGUUUGAUGAGAAAAUUGUAAAUUUUAAUAUUUUUGAAGCGAUGAAGUACCCAGAUGAGACUAACUCUGUUUAUGCUUUAAGUGCUGUUGAGCCCCUUGUACAGGAAAUAUUUGAAUUGGAUGGGGUUGAUGCACUGGCAGUGGCAUUAGCCAAACAUCUUGAGUUGGGAGCAACUCCUGAUGUAGAAUUGAGUGAUGAGUUAUACCGGGCUGUUGGAGCACUGCAUUCGCUCCCACCAAUUUCUCCAAGGUAUGAGCUUACUUCUGUUUUUGUACCAGAAACUCAGGCAAAAUUGUUGCCUUCUAUUGUGCAGGCGCCUGAGUUGGAGCUCAAGCCUCUCCCAAAGCAUUUGAAGUAUGCUUUUCUCGGGGACAAUGAGACACUGCCAGUCAUCAUAUCUGCACACCUGUCACCAGGGCAAGAAGACAGACUAAUUCGUCUUCUUCGGGAUCAUAAGGAGGCAAUUGGAUGGAGCGUAGCAGAUAUCAAGGGAAUUAGCCCCUCUUUAUGCAUGCAUCGGAUCCGGUUUGAGGAGGAUGCAAAACCAGUGAGGCAGGCGCAACGGAGAUUGAACCCACUAAUGAUGGAAGUGGUCAAGAAGGAGAUACUUAAACUCCUAGAAGUGGGGAUCAUUUUCGCCAUCUCAGAUAGUCCUUGGGUGAGCCCAGUGCAAGUAGUCCCGAAAAAGGCGGGAGUAACUGUUGAGGAGAACCAAGAGGGGGAGAUGGUCCCGGUGAGAAAACCCACGGGAUGGCGCCAGUGCAUAGAUUACCGGCGUCUGAAUGCUGUGACAAAGAAGGACCACUUCCCUCUACCUUUUAUUGAUCAGAUGAUAGAAAGGUUAGCUGGCCGUGUCUAUUAUUGUUUUCUUGAUCGUUUCUCUGGUUAUUUUCAGAUCGCAAUAGCACCAGAGGAUCAGGAGAAAACUACCUUCACCUGCCCCUUUGGUACAUUUGCCUAUCGGAGGAUGCCUUUCGGCCUCUGCAACGCCCCAACAACUUUUCAGAGAUGCAUUGAGACAAAUUUGGUUCUGAAUUGGAAAAAAUGUCAUUUCAUGGUGGAUCAUGGUAUUGUUUUAGGGCAUGUAGUGUCGUCCAGGGGUAUAGAGGUAGACAAGGCAAAAGUCGAUAUUAUUUCUGCUUUACCGUACCCCGCAAGUGUGCGGGAGGUGCGCUCCUUUUUGGGUCAUGCAGGGUUCUACAGGAGAUUCAUCAAAGAUUUCUCCAAAAUUGGAGCGCCCCUGUUCAAACUGUUGCAAAAAGAUGUAGCAUAUGACUUCACUGAGGAGUGCAAGGUGGCAUUUAACAGGUUGAGGGAGUCAUUGACAUCACCACCUGUUAUCCAACCUCCAGACUGGAGCCUCCCAUUUGAGAUAAUGUGUGACGCGAGUGAUUAUGCAGUAGGAGCGGUGCUGGGGCAACGGAUUGGCAGAGCUGCACAUGCAAUCUAUUAUGCAUCGAAGGCGUUAAAUGGAGCUCAACUCAACUACUCUACAACAGAAAAAGAAUUGCUAGCUGUGAAGGAUGCUAAACCAAGGCUCAUCAGAUGGAUCCUGCUCCUUCAGGAGUUCAACUUGGAGAUUAAAGAUAAAAGUGGGGCAGAAAAUUUAGUUGCUGAUCACUUGAGCCGCUUGCUUGCUCAUAAGGAGGAGCCACCAUUGAAGGAGGCAUUUCCAGAGGAACAACUACUUGCUGUGAACGCGUCUGUACCCUGGUAUGCCGAUUUAGUAAAUUUCUUAGUGACUAAUCAAUUGCCUGCAGGGUGGCCAAAGGCUAAGAGGGACAAGUUGAAAAGUGAUGCUAAAUAUUACAUUUGGGAUGACCCGUACCUUUGGAGACAAUGUUCGGAUCAAGUGCUCAGGAGGUGUGUAAGCGCAGACGCUUAUUUAUUCUGUAAAUCCUGUGAUAGGUGUCAAAGGGUGGGGAAUAUUUUUCGUAGGGACCAAAUGCUUCAAACCCCCAUGUUCCUUGUUGAAAUUUUUGAUGUUUGGGGGAUAGAUUUUAUGGGUCCUUUCCCCUCAUCUUUUGGUUUCCUAUACAUUUUACUUGCUGUGGAUUAUGUCUCUAAAUGGGUGGAAGCCAAAGCCACCCGUACUAAUGAUUUUAGAGUGGUUGCAGAGUUUUUAAAAUCUAAUAUCUUCGUCCGUUUCGGAAUGCCAAGAGCUGUAGUUAGUGAUAGAGGGACACAUUUCUGCAACAAGACUAUCACUACCUUGUUUCGAAGAUACGGUGUACUCCAUAAGGUAUCCACACCGUAUCACCCACAGGCAAACGGUCAGGCCGAGGUGUCAAACAGGGAAAUCAAGUCGAUCUUGGAGAAGAUGGUGCGUCCGGAUAGGAAGGAUUGGAGUUUAAAGCUAGAAGACGCACUAUGGGCGUAUAGAACAGCGUAUAAGACGCCAAUUGGGAUGUCUCCUUAUAGACUUGUUUUCGGUAAGGCUUGCCAUCUCCCCGUGGAGUUCGAACACAAGGCGUUUUGGGCAGUGAAGCAGUGUAACAUGGGAUUAGAUGAAGCAGGGGUCCAAAGGAAAUUGCAACUACAAGAGUUAGAGGAAAUAAGGAAUGAAGCGUAUGAGAAUGCCACGAUCUAUAAGGAAAAGAGUAAAAUCUUUCAUGAUCAGCAGGUUUCUAGGAAAACUUUUCGAAUAGCUGGAUAUGAAUUUUACUGUUUUCUUGAUGGUUUUUCAGGAUAUAAUCAAAUAGCUAUAGCUCCAGAGGAUCAAGAGAAGACCACAUUUACAUGUCCUUAUGGCACUUUUGCCUUUAGAAGAAUGCCAUUUGGGUUAUGCAAUGCUCCCGCAACUUUUCAACGAUGCAUGAUGGCUAUUUUUUCUGAUUAUAUUGAGAAAAUUAUGGAGAUAUUUAUGGAUGAUUUUUCUGUGUAUGGUUCAUCUUUUGAUCAGUGUCUUCAUAAUUUGGAAUUGAUUUUGCAGAGAUGCGAGGAAACAAAUCUUGUACUGAAUUGGGAGAAAUGUCAUUUUAUGGUAAAAGAAGGAAUUGUCUUAGGACACAAGAUUUCUUCCAAGGGAAUUGAGGUGGAUCAAGCCAAAAUAGAAGUCAUCGAAAAAUUGCCACCCCCAAGCAAUGUCAAAGGGAUAAGGAGUUUUUUAGGACAUGCUGGCUUUUAUAGACGUUUUAUUAAAGAUUUUUCUAAAAUAGUAAAGCCAUUAUGUGAUUUAUUAUGUAAAGAUUCUCCUUUUCAAUUUGAUGACAAUUGUUUGGUUGCAUUUGAAAGGUUGAAGAAGGAAUUGAUUUCUGCCCCAAUUAUAACUUCGCCUGAUUGGUCACUACCAUUUGAAUUGAUGUGUGAUGCAAGUGAUUAUGCGGUUGGAGCAGUAUUGGGACAAAAGAAAGAAGGACGGUUGCACGUCAUUUACUAUGCUAAUGGUUUUUCAGGAUAUAAUCAAAUAGCUAUAGCUCCAGAGGAUCAAGAGAAGACCACAUUUACAUGUCCUUAUGGCAUUUUUGCCUUUAGAAGAAUGCCAUUUGGGUUAUGCAAUGCUCCCGCAACUUUUCAACGAUGCAUGAUGGCGAUUUUUUCUGAUUAUAUUGAGAAAAUUAUGGAGAUAUUUAUGGAUGAUUUUUCUGUGUAUGGUUCAUCUUUUGAUCAGUGUCUUCAUAAUUUGGAAUUGAUUUUGCAGAGAUGCGAGGAAACAAAUCUUGUACUGAAUUGGGAGAAAUGUCAUUUUAUGGUAAAAGAAGGAAUUGUCUUAGGACACAAGAUUUCCUCCAAGGGAAUUGAGGUGGAUCAAGCCAAAAUAGAAGUCAUCGAAAAAUUGCCACCCCCAAGCAAUGUCAAGGGGAUAAGGAGUUUUUUAGGACAUGCUGGCUUUUAUAGACGUUUUAUUAAAGAUUUUUCUAAAAUAGUAAAGCCAUUAUGUGAUUUAUUAUGUAAAGAUUCUCCUUUUCAAUUUGAUGACAAUUGUUUGGUUGCAUUUGAAAGGUUGAAGAAGGAAUUGAUUUCAGCCCCAAUUAUAACUUCGCCCGAUUGGUCACUACCAUUUGAAUUGAUGUGUGAUGCAAGUGAUUAUGCGGUUGGAGCAGUUUUGGGACAAAAGAAAGAAGGACGGUUGCACGUCAUUUACUAUGCUAGCAAGUUGCUAAACGAGGCACAACUCAAUUACGCAACUACAGAAAAAGAGCUAUUGGCAGUGAUAUUUGCUUUGGAUAAAUUUAGAUCUUAUUUAGUAGGAUCUAAAGUUAUUAUAUAUACGGACCAUGCGGCUCUUAAAUAUUUGUUACGUAAAAAAGAUGCAAAACCA